AUGGGUUUACAGACGGAAGGAAGAUGUGCAUACGUCGUUCUUAUCAUGGCGGCAUUUUGGAUGACAGAAGCAAUCCCGUUGGCCAUAACAUCCCUCAUUCCCGUCUUCCUCUUCCCCAUCCUUGGGGUCCUGGGUACCUCCAAGGUGUGCUUAGUCUACCUGAAGGAGACCAACAUGAUGUUCAUCGGUGGUCUCAUUGUCGCCAUUGCCAUCGAGCACUGCAAUCUCCACAAGCGGAUCGCCCUUAGGGUCCUACUAUGGGUUGGAACCACACAAAAAUGUUGGGGAGUCCCGUUUGAGGAGUAUCUAGACAAUGACGAUGGCAUGAAGGCGGGAUACAGACGUGCAAGGGUGGGGUGCCUAUUGGCGGUGGCGUAUUCUGCCAAUAUCGGUGGGACGGGGACCAUCAACGGGAGCGCAACCAAUCUCGUUCUCAUAUCCGUUCUUGAUCGGAUGUACGGGAUCGGGACAGGGCUCAAUUACGGUACUUGGAUGGCCUUCAACAUCCCGGGAAUGUUACUCAAUAUUUUCAUCGCCUGGCUUUGGCUCCAGGGGGUCUUAUUCUUUAUUGAGUGGAGGGAACGUCGGAACCAACCAAAAAAAAAAGUAAAAACUCUAGAAGUGGAGAAGGCAGAAAAAGCAGCUCGCUCGGUGAUCGUCAAGAAGUACGAGGAACUGGGAUCCAUUUCAUUCCACGAGUUCAUGACCCUCACCCUUUUCAUCAUUCUCAUUCUUCUCUGGCUCUUUCGCCAACCUCAGUUCAUCCCCGGGUGGGGCGACUGGAUCAAAGGGGACAGGGAUUUGGAAGUCAAAGAUGCAACCGCUGCAAUGCUCAUUGUCGUCUUCUUAUUUAUCAUCCCCGCGAAACCCAAAUUCUGGUGCUUUCGAGAAUCAUUAGAUGGGCCGUCGGAGUCGAGUGAAGCUCUCCUCAACUGGAGAGUCGUCCACGAGAAGUUGCCAUGGGGGGUUGUUCUCCUUCUCGGUGGGGGAUUCGCGAUGGCAGAAGCCUCUGAGAAAUCCUGCUUGUCUUAUUGGCUGGGUCAGAAGUUGGGAACCCUUGGGUUUUUGUCUCCAGCCGCUCUCGUCUUCAUCAUUACUAUCAUGACUGCCUUGAUAACGGAGGUGGCCUCCAAUACAGCCACUGCCACCCUCAUCAUGCCUGUCUUGGCCCAGCUCGCGAGUGUGGUGAAAGUGAAUCCUCUGUACCUGAUGCUGCCAUCGACCGUGGCUUGCUCAUAUGCCUUUGCGCUGCCAGUGGCCACUCCUCCCAAUGCCAUUGUUUUCGAGGCCUCCCAGAUGAAGACCACCACCAUGAUGAAGGCUGGGUUCGCCAUGAACCUGAUUUGCGUGUUGGUGAUCAACCUUAUGAUCAACACAUUGGGAGAUUAUCUCUUCGACUUCUCGACAUAUCCAUACUGGGCAGAAGCGGCCACGAGUUCUACCUACUCCAUCUCCUCGCACUGCAACUACACUCUUUCCUAGUACUUCUAGUACUUUCCAUCCAACUACCUUUUCCCCAACUCUUCUCUUUUUGGAAUUACGCGGAACGCCAGGAAAAUUGCAUUUUCUGUCAUGCUGUAUCUGAGUCCGGAACUUCUGAGUUUAUGGAAUUACGAUUAGAUUAUUGUCUUUCAGUAUUUCCUGCCCUCGUGUCGGGAAAGUCAUGAAGAGACAAACAUGGGCAUGAAUUAUUGUAUUAUUUUCGUUAAAAUUAUAAAUAAUUAAUUUAGAAGUGGAGC